AUGAUGGCGGCUGCGGCGACGAGAGCCAGAGGAGGACCGCGGCUCCCGUUCGCGCCCGUGGUGGUGUCGCCACCGCCGCCGGCGUCGUUGCAGGCGGAGAAUCGGCUGGCGCGCGAGGACGCGCCGUCCUCGUUCGCGCGGCGGGAGCCGAGGAGGUUCGGGGCGUGCGCCGGGAAGGUCACGGGGCCUGCGGUUCUUGGCGCCGGCGGCAAGGCGGCCAAGAAGUGCGGCCCUGGGUCAUCCCCGGCCAAGAAGACGCCGGUGGCGGCGAAGAGGGCGCCGGGGACGGCGGCCAGGAGGAGGCUUGAUUCUUGCACCAAGAAGUGGUCGACUCCGGCGGCGGGCGGCGCGGUGGCGGCGUACGAGGCGCCGCGCGCGCCGGCGUCGGGCGCCGCCGAGGAGCGCGACGACGAGGUGCGGGCCAAGCUCUCCUACCCCUGCAGCGAGGCGGACCAAGAACGGCGGGGCAGCGAGGUCUCCGCCUCGCGGAACCGGGCGAUGACGGUCGUGGCGAUGGAGGGGGCCAUGGCGGGCCUCCCGGAGCCCGGCGAGGGCCGCGUCAAGUACCUGGUGGACACGUUCGAGCGGUUCCUCUCGCUGGGCGGCGGAGGAGGCGGAGGCGGCCCCAUGGCGCGGAACAGAGGCGCGGCGAGGAGGAGGAAGGGCGAGGGAACCGCGACCGCGACAGCGACGGUGUCGUUGCCAGCAACGCCGCGGGGUGCCGAGGAGAUCGACGUGUCGUACCCUUCCAUUGCGUCGUCGUCCGAGGUCUCCUUCCCGGUCAUCCCCGGUGUCGCCUGCAUCCUCGACGCCUCCGACCGCACAAGGAUCAGCCGUGCACGAGGCCAACGGCGGCACAGGGCAUACAACAGCACCGGAUCGUCGGAUAGGCCAUGGAGUUGCAGCAGGAAGGUGACAAGGGUGACCACUCAGCAGCCGUUCCGUCUCUGGACCGAGCAAAGGGGAAAAGCCAAGGAAGGAAAUUUUCUUGAGAGGCUGAGGAAGAUGCAGCGAGAGGAGGAGAGGCUGCGCCAUCCACUCGCGCAGGGUCUACCGUACACAACUGAUGAACCAGAGUGGGCUGACACACAAUUUUCAGUCUGUUACUCUGUUAUUGCUGUUUUUGAACUUUUAUUAAGGAAGACCAUGUUUCCUUAUUGGUUAUCCGAGGUGACAAAUCCCACGAAACCUCCAACAAAGGAACCCACGGAACCGAUCGAUCAUGUGCUGCACAGCGACGUGCGUGUGGUCAGACGCGUCAAGUUCGAUACCCAAGUCGCUGAGCGCAAUAGCUUCAUGGAGGAAGUGAAACUGGAGAGGAAAAGACAGCAGAAGUUGGAUGAGGAGAUUGAGAUCAACCAGCUAAGGAAGGAGCAGGUUCCAAGAGCACAUCCAAUGCCAGACUUCUCCAAGCCCUUUGUGCCAAAAAAGAUGGCACUUUCACAAAGAGAUGGACAUCGCCGGACGGCGAAGGGCACCGAGGUGUUCGUCGGCGGGCUGCCGCGGUCGGCCACGGAAAGCACGCUCCGGGAGAUAUUUUCUUCAUGCGGAGAGAUUAUUGACGUGCGUAUAAUGAAAGAUCAGAAUGGCCAUUCAAAGGGAUAUGGUUUUGUUAGGUUUUCAAAGAGGGAGUAUGCUAAUACGGCCAAAAGGCAAAAGAAUGGUAUUGAGCUUCAAGGAAAGAGGCUUCAUGUUGAUCUGUCAAUGGAUCAAGAUACAGUUUUCUUUGGAAAUCUUUGCAAAGAGUGGACUUUAGAAGAAUUUGAAGAAUUGAUUACGCAAGAUUUCUUUCUCAUAUUUUGUUCAUUUUAUCCUAUUAGUUUAAAUUUUCCUUUUGGAAAGGCUGCAGCACGUGUAAUCCGUAUCGGUUCAAGAACAGAUUUUAUGCUUGGCGAUAUUUUGCAUCCUGCGAUAAAUUGGGCUGAUAAAGAGUCUCAUGUGGAUCCUGAUGAAAUGGCCAAGAUUAAGUCUGCUUUUGUUGGGAACCUGCCAGAAGAUGUUAGCGAGGAGUACUUGAGAAAGCUUUUUGAACAGUUCAGUGAGGUAGUACGGGUUGCUAUCUCAAGAAAAGGACAAGGCCCAGUUGGUUUUGUUCACUUCGCCAAUCGUUCAGAGCUUGAAAAUGCUAUAGAAGAAAUGGAUGGUAAAACGGUGUCAGUUGCUCGACCUGUGGCAGACAAUGACAAGAAGCGAUCUCGUGAAGAAGUGAGAACUAGAAGAUCAAAUGUAUCAGGAGAUAGGCAAGAUUAUUCUCAUGGAAGAUAUGGACAUGAUUCACUUGAUCGUCAAGUGAAAGCUCCAAGAUUAUCUAAUUAUGCGGCUGAUGCCUCUGACCCCUAUGAAUCAGCUGUUAAUUCAUUACCUUCAGCUGCCAAGGAAGUCUUGCUUCGGAUUCUACGUCUAAGAAUUGGUACUCAAUAUGAUAUUGACAUCCAUUGUGUAAAAAGCCUCAAUGAGCUUCCUGAGUCAUCUGCUCUUGCUGUCCUUAAUCAGUUUUUGAUAUCGGGUGGAGAUAAACGCAAUAAAGGAGAUUAUUUUGCAUCAUUGAUUGCUAAGCACCAGGCUGAGGCCUUUGGCUUAACACAUACAUUGCACGGUACUACUUAUUUGCCAAGAAAUCCAGAAAUACAUAGCAAGCGAUACCCAGAUGAAGAUUAUGAUUUUGUGACACCCGGGAGCAGUAGAUACAAUUCCUCAGGCCAUCAUCCUUCAACAUAUUACGUAGACGAUCCACCAGUGUCUCAGUCAAGGAUUAGAAGAUAUGCUGAAGAAAGAUCCACCAUUGUAAGAAACCCAGAACCAUGUCCGCGACAUGACGAAAUUGACAUAAGAAUGAACCCAGAACCAAGAUUAGCGUAUGAAUCAAGACACAACACUGGAAAGCAUCUUGAUCGAAGAUACAUACAAGAGCAUAGUUCAAAUAUUGAAAGAUCAGCUGAAGAAGCUGUUCUUUCUAGGGAAAGGAGAUUCCUGCCUGCUGCAGGGUACAAGGCAGGGUACAACACGGACGUAGGGUCAGAUUUCCGCUCCAGGUCACCCGCUGAAUAUUCGGCAGAACGCCAACAAGUAAGGUUUGAUCCCUUCACAGGUGAACCCUACAAGUUUGAUCCCUUCACAGGUGAGCCCAUCAGGCCAGAUCCAAACCCGCGCCGCUCAGGAAGCUUGUACUGA